GUACGUUGCGCGUAGUGGUCGUGUGUACGUGAUUCGUAUACUUGAAUUUCGUACAAAUUGUAAUUCGCCUUUCAAUUAACGUCGCCACGUUUUUUACGUUACAUCUUAAAAGGAUGUCUCGCUACCGCGAAUGGGACCUUUCCUGCAAAGUGUACGUCGGUAACCUCGGUACAAAUGCUUCAAAAUAUGAAAUUGAGAAAGUGUUCUCGAAGUAUGGAAACAUCAGAAAUGUGUGGGUAGCCAGAAACCCUCCCGGUUUCGCCUUCGUCGAGUUCGAAGACCCUCGCGACGCCGAAGACGCAGUCAGAGGAUUAGAUGGAACCCGGUGCUGUGGAACCCGCAUCCGUGUUGAAAUGUCCAACGGCCGCACAAGAAGAGACCGACGGUACUCUAGGUCCAUUUUAUCAACCAACCACCAACACACCAACGACCUCACCACAUCUCUUCACCACAACUACGGCUCGUUUACCAAUAAGACAUCCGCGAACGCCGCUCGCAACAUCCCGCUCAACUUCUGCGAUCGGCUCUCCAAACUACUACGCGCUACCGAAGUCACCAACUGCGUCCCCAUAACCAUCCUCUUGACAGCCAUUACCUAACCUUAUCCUACCUGAACCUGGAUAUGAACUUAUAAAUGGGAGCCACACAGUAUAGGAUCCUACAUCCUGAGCGUUAUUACAACCUGAGUCCCGCCGCUUCACCGACUGCACACACUCGUCGUCACCGUGGCACCGUGCUAGAAUACUACCCCAGCGGUCAACUCUUCCGCGUCACCACAAUUUGUUCUCGAACUUCCGAUUAAGCCACGGCUCGACGGAAGAUAACGUUGAAACUAGUCACCGCCUCGGUGUUCAAGUAAAAAUCCCUUCGGCCUCACAGCAGCCCAACAACGGUCAACCUUCUUCGCAGGCUCACCAAGUCUCGGUACUUUUUGAAUCCUAUACUUAGCACUACCUUACCUUUACCUGUAUUUAGCACUAGUGAAAUUUGUGUUGGCGUUGAGGUGUUGAUUAGGGCUUCACAAUAGGUAAAUAAUGUAGAGUAACAAUUGUGAAGCUAAUAGAUUAAUAAUUACUGCUCAUGAAGGCGAUGUUAACAGACAUCUAUUUGGUUUAGAUGACAUAAAAGAUCUAAAACAUCUUGAGCAUUCUAACUACAGAACAAAAACAUAACAAUAAAACUGCGGGGUGCUAGUAAAUAACGAUUUCCAAAGUCUAAUGUUAGUCAUUUUGUGUGAGAAUUUUUUUAUGUACUUGUUACAGUGGCGUUUUGUGAUUGACUUAUUGCCUUGGAUUGAUUGUAAUUGUG